CAGAUGAUUUUAAUGCCGAACUCGUGCCGGUACCGUUUCUACCUGGUCGCGGUGAGUUUCUGGGCUGGACUUUUACGGGCGGAAGCGCGCCGUCCGCCUCCCUCUGUCGCCACAGCCGCAGACUCGGAGUCACAGGUGACUUUUAUUCACUGACUCGAGGUUUGAGGCUGAAGGAAUGGCAGACGACACGUACGAGUCUGUGCUGUGCGUUAAACCGGAGGUCCAUGUUUACCGGAUCCCCCCGAGAGCGACAAACCGCGGAUACCGGGCGUCGGAGUGGAAGCUGGACGAACCGGCCUGGAGCGGCCGAAUGAAAAUCACAGCGAAGGCCAAGAUUGCGUACAUCAAACUCGAGGACAAGAACACAGGUGAGCUGUUUGCACAGGCUCCAGUAGAACAGUACCCCGGUUCUGCGGUGGAAGCAGUAACAGACUCCAGCCGGUAUUUUGUGAUCAGGAUAGACGACGGUAACGGCCGGCAUGCGUUUAUCGGGAUUGGCUUCGCUGACCGUGGUGACUCCUUUGAUUUCAACGUGGCAUUGCAGGACCAUUUCAAGUGGGUAAAGCAGGAGAGUGAGCUGGCUAAGCAGGAGGCCAAUCAGAGUGCGGCUCCCAAACUGGACCUGGGCUUUAAAGAGGGACAGACCAUUAAGAUCAGCUUGGGGAACAUAAAGAAGAAGGAUGCUGCAGCGGGUGCUAGGUCUCGUCCUGGUGCCAGUGGUCUGCUUCCCCCUCCCCCGGGUAGUAAAGGGGGAAUCCUUCCGCCCCCGGGCACCCUGCAGCCCUCCCAAAGCCCACCUGCAGCAGCAUCGGCCCAGCCAAACACAGGACUGUUGUUGGAUUUUGGGGCGUCGUCGGCGGCCCCCACGCAGCCCUCCCAGGACAUGUGGGGGGAUUUCACUGCUGCUGGAUCAGGCACUACUCAGGAAGCUGUGAAACCUGGCUGGGUGCAGUUCUAAAUGACUGAAGGGAACACGCGCACACACACACACACACACACACACACAGGCUGGACAGAAACACUGAAUCAGAUCACAUUUUUUUCCUCUUUCUCUUCUCCUGUUUUCUCUUGUCUUCUCUUUCUUGUCUUU